UUGUAUGAAAAUAUGUCUAUAAAAUCAGCAUGAAGUGCAUGAAAAUAAGUCCAUAAAAUCAACACAUAUCAAAGUAUAAAUGAACUUUAGACUAUUUAGAUUUACUAAAUAAUCAAAAUAUCAAACAGACCAAUCAAAUAGUAGUUCGACUAUAUAUAAAAAAGAUUGUAUAGUUCUGUAAAUAUUUCAACAGAUAUUAUGAAAAGAUAAUUAUAUACUUUUAUUUCGUAUAAUUUAUCGAUCUGUUUGUUAAUUAACAAUGGCACGAGCACUUGUAGGUGUAAAAAGAGUUAUCGAUUAUGCAGUUAAGAUUCGUGUUAAAUCAGAUAAAACAGGUGUUGUAACAGAUGGAGUAAAACAUGCAAUGAAUCCUUUUGAUGAAAUUGCAAUUGAAGAAGCUAUACGAAUGAAAGAAAAGAAAUUAGUACAAGAAAUAAUUGCAGUUUCAUGUGGACCUCCAAAAUGUCAAGAUGUAAUAAGAACUGCCCUUGCAAUGGGUGCUGAUAAAGGAAUUCAUGUUGAAAUAUCUGGACCUGAAUAUGAAACUUUGCAACCUAUUCAUGUUUCUAAACUUUUGGCCAAAUUAGCUCAAGAAGAGAAAGCAGAUUUAAUUAUUGUUGGAAAACAAGCUAUAGAUGAUGAUAGUAAUCAAACUGCACAAAUGAUUGGAGGUAUUUUAGAUUGGCCAACUGGAACAUUUUGUAGUAAAAUUGAAAAAAAUAAUGAUGAUCUAACUGUUACACGUGAAGUUGAUGGAGGUUUAGAGGUUGUUAAAAUAAAAAUGCCAACAGUUUUAAGUGCUGAUCUACGACUUAAUGAACCACGAUAUGCUACAUUGCCAAAUAUUAUGAAAGCUAAGAAAAAACCAAUUAAAAAAGUAACAGCAAAAGAUCUUGGUGUAGAUACUACAGCAAGAAUUGAAAUUUUAUCAGUUGAAGAACCACCAGUUAGACAAGCCGGAACUAUUGUACCAGAUGUUGAUACAUUAAUUGCAAAACUAAAGGAAAGUGGACAUGUAUAAUUAUUAAUAUUGUUAUAGAAAAGUAUAAACAUUUUAUAAUACAUUUAUUAUAUUUUUUACUAAAUUUUAUU